CGCGCAUGACACGACGUUCUAAAAAACGCGAUAUCUUACGUUUUUUCCCCUUUUCUCUGCCCAUUUAAAGCUGGAUGAUUGCAAACGAUUAUAAGUGUUUGAGCAUCUGCUGCACAGCCGUUCAUGAGAGUUUAAAUGCUGGAGAAUAUUCCCAUCUUCCCACAGCUGAAGAAGAAGCAAGCAGGAGGAAUUACUCCAGGAGGAACUACUGGCAUACUGUUGGAAAGAUGGAGCUUGAGGAAGACCCCUGCAGAAUGAGAGAUGAAGAAACAGAGGAACAAACAGACUCAAUGGAAGUGAUUGAAGAUGAACAACAUCGGUUUCAAAAAACUCUGCUGAAAACUGCUGAAAAGGGUUCUUUCGCCUGCACCGAGUGUGGAAGAAGUUUCAAUGAUAAAUCAAACCUAAUGAGACACAUGAGAUUUCAUGCUGGAGAAAAACCAUUCGCAUGCACUCAGUGUGGAAAGAGUUUUGUUCUGAAAGGAGGAUUGAAUCGGCACCUGCAAGUUCACACUGGAGAAAAACCAUUCACAUGCACUCAAUGUGGGAAGAGUUUCACAUCCAAAAGCAUUCUGAGGGAUCAUCUGGUCUCUCACUCUGGAGUGAGGUCAUUCAGCUGUGAUCAGUGUGAUAAAACAUUUGUUUAUGAAACAAACUUAAGAGAACACCUUAAAAUUCAUACUGGAGUGAGGCCUCACGUUUGCAGUUUUUGUGGAAAGAGGUUUACAGCACUGAAAAGCUUACAGUAUCACCAGAGCAUUCAUACUGGAGUGAGACCUUAUAUGUGCUUUGACUGUGGGAAGACCUUUAGUUCGUCGAGCAACUUAAAAACACACCAGAGGAUUCACACUGGAGAGAAACCGUACAAGUGCUCACACUGUCGAAAGAGUUUCUCUCAUUCAUCAACCUUGAAAGAUCAUGACAGGAUUCACACUGGAGAAAAGCCGUACCAGUGCUCUUCGUGUGGGAAGAGUUUCGCCCGCUCCUCUAAUCUACUGACUCAUAAGAAAAAGCGUUGUCUGAGUGAGCAAAAGCAUUUAUGAAACAAUGGCAAGAUCAGUCCGUUAAAUCUCUGUUAAUGUUCAUGGUGUUAGAAACUCUUGCAUUGAGGGCGAAAACAUUGAAAUCAGUCCAGUUUUGGCUUGGGCUUGUUUAUGGUUAAAUAGGUUUAUUAAUAGUGAUGCCAUUUAUUAUUUAUAAUGUUGUGUGUGAUGUACUGAUUUCUAUGAGAAAUAAAAAGGAAGAAAACU